GCAUCUGGUGGCAAGCCUUCUGUGUAUUGGGAUGAUGGGCGUUCUGUUUCCUCUUCCAGAGGUCUUAGCGACAAAACUCCACCAAUUGUCAGACCAGAGCAGGGAGGCAUUUCUUCAGAGAAAGUGCAGGAUAGCAAUGCUACAGAACAUUCUAACCAUGGUGCAGAUAUAUGCCCUUUUGACAUCUGCACGAGAGAUAGCACAGGCCCUGUUAAGCUAAAUCUUUCUCUACUUCAAGUCAAUAGAGAAAAAAGAAGGGAACGUGAACUCACCAGGAAUGUCCCUCAGCACAGGUAUUUAAGACCUGGGAUGAUCCUAUUAAAGAACUUUAUUAGUCAUCAAAAUCAGGUCCAAAUUAUUAAAAUAUGCCGAGAACUUGGUCUUGGAUUAGGAGGAUUCUACAGACCAGGGUACCGGGAUGGUGCAAAGUUACAUUUGCAGAUGAUGUGCCUGGGCAAGAAUUGGGAUCCAGAGUCAAGGUUAUAUGGAGAUAAACGCCCAUUUGAUGGUGCUGUACCACCCAAAAUUCCUGAAGAAUUUAAAAAGUUGGUUGAAGGUGCUAUUCAAGCAUGUCAUGACUUUUUAAGGCAAAACAGUAAAAGUAAUAAAAGUGUCGAAGAUGAACUUCCAGGGAUGUCACCUGAUAUCUGCCUGGUCAACUUUUAUAGUACCAGUGGAAGGCUUGGCCUUCACCAGGACAGAGAUGAGAGUAAAGACAGUCUUCAUAAAGGGUUACCUGUUGUUUCCUUCUCUUUGGGCGAUUCUGCUGAAUUCCUGUAUGGAGCUGAGAGAGAUGUGGAUAGGGCUGAAAAGGUUGUGCUUGAAUCUGGCGAUGUUUUAUUAUUUGGUGGCAAGUCCAGGCUUAUAUUUCAUGGAGUCCCGUGUGUUCAGGUGAACACAGCACCUAAGCUUCUGAUUGAGGAGACCAAGCUCAAGCCUGGACGACUCAAUCUCACAUUCAGGCAAUAUUGACAUGCAUGUUUCCUCUGGAAUCUAUAGCUGACAUAGAUAGUUUCCUCAUCUGUUUUUCAAAACGUGAUAUGAUUCUGCUUGCAUCAUGUCCUGUAUAUAUUUAGAUUAAAAUCAACUAAACUAGAUGUUUUCAUAUUACUUGAGUUCAGUCGAAAUUUAUUCUUCUGUACUUA